CCCAAAUAAGCACACAGCCUCGAGAGUCUGAAACCACAAGGGUGACUCACGACAGGACGCUGCCUCUACAAACCUACCCGCCUAGCUCAAGAUCGAUCCCUCCCAGCUGACAGGCCGCGGAGCCCCGGGCCGGCGGCAGCAGGACCGGAAGCUACCCCGCAUGCCCGGCCGCAUCGGUCCUUCCUUCCCCCUCCACUUACCCUCACCCACCUCUACCCUUCGGAUCACGGAUCACAAGAGCCGAUCUCAAUCAUCCCUAACCUCUGCGGACACGAAUUGCAGUCAGACUCAGUCUAUCAGUAACGAUGCCUUUGGAUAUCUCACCGCCGCCGACGUCGGUAUUCCGACCUUCCAUCCCGCAUCUCCCCUCCUUUCCGUACGAGGUGCACUACGAUUACUUCGGAUCGCUUCGCUAUGCAUACAUCGACGAAUCGCCAGCGCUAGUAUGGGAUACGCAGACGGGUAAGCAGGUCGACGAAGCGGUGCUGAGGCGACAUGAGCCGGAUGCGAUCGUCGAACAGGAGCUGGUAGUGUGCCUGCAUGGUGAGCCCACAUGGAGCUACCUCUACAGGAAGAUGAUCCCUGGCUUCCUCUACGCACCUCCUGCCCCUCGCUCGCAGUCCUCCGGACCCCGCUACAUCAAGCGCCGAUUGCUAGCUCCUGACUUCAUCGGAUUUGGACGAUCAGACAAGCCGACCGAUGAUGCCUACUACACCUGGGAGUCUCAUCGAGCAUGGCUGCUUGACUUUGUUUCCAAGCAUGUUGUCUCCCACUCUCGAAGAUCGAGCGCAAGAGUGACUCUGGUCGUUCAAGACUGGGGUGGUAUCCUCGGCCUGAUCCUGCCGGUUCUCUUCCCCUAUGUCUUCACCCACAUGAUCGUCAUGAAUACGGCUCUCGGCUUAGGCGUUGAGCCGACCAAAGGGUGGAUCGCCUUCCGGGAUUUCAUGGCCAAGUACAGCGACGUCGACAUUGGCAAUCUGCUGAAGCGAGGAACACCGGUCAGCGAGGAAGAGAUGAACGCAUAUCGUGCUCCCUUUGCGGGACCCGGUGGAGGAGAGAAGGCAAAGGGUGGUGUGAGGCGAUUUCCUCAACUGGUACCCAUCAAGCCUUGGCAGGAAGGUGUUGCCGAAUCUCACGCUGCCCUCAACUACUAUGCCAAUCUCUGCCCCAUACUGGAGAGUGACUCGACGGGAAAGGGUGAAAAGAGGAGACCUCUGCAGGUAUUUGUGUGCAUAGGCGAGUCAGACCCCGUCCUUGGUACGGGGGUGAUGGAUCAACUCAGUCAGGCUGCAUGGGGUAAGCGCUUGGGUUUCUGGCGUACGACGAUCCCAGAAGCAGGCCACUUUGUGCAAGAGUGGGCCUCGCACAUACCGCAGCUGUCUGACAUUGCUUGGUCAUCAAAGGAAGGCAGUGUGAGCUUCGACGAGGACAAGGAAGGUAAAACCAGGACGUGGGCUGCAGAAUGGCGGCAGCCCGAAUUGAAGGCAGACGCUCGUAUGGGUGCCAAGCUAUAAGAGCGUCCAGCGGGAUUGGGUGUCCUUGCCUGGACGUGCGGCGACCUUUCUUCCUCGAGAGCCUCAUGAGCCAAACCUGUUCAGUGGCAGCCUUUUCACUUUCACGACGACGUCUCCUUGCUGCGU